GGUGUGCGUUUCGCGAUUUGGUGUUUGGAGUUUCUCCGCCUGAGAUGGACUCGGCCAAUCACAUCGCCGAAGAGACUCAUGGACGAUCCCUCUUUCUGUGCAAUCAAUCUCACACCCCCACCAAUCAAUCGUUCACUCUCACACUCACUCAUCCAACCUCUCACUGAAACUCACAAUCCGUUAUUGACUACAUUUUCCAAGAUUAGCUCAUUCCGGCCUUACCUCCUCACAUUGAUUGGGCAUUCUAUUUCCUCGCCUUUUACUCGGUCUCAUUUUUCCUGUCAUAAUCCCUGCGGAAAAGGAUAGAAGUGCCCCCGCAAUCAUGCCGAUCCCGGACUUUGCCAACGAGGCAAUCUUCCCAAUCUUCGAGGGCCUCCCCAUCGAGGAACCCGGCGCCGCCGAUCCACCCUCCUACGCCGCAUCCUCGGAACCGCCCUCCUACGCGCCGCCCGCGCCGGCCCCUUCCGACCCGCCAUCCUACACGGACUCCCAAUCGGGCUCCGGUUCCGCCAAAGCCUCCGCAUCCUCUUCGGCAUCCCCAUCGACGGCGGCAGUCACGAGACCAUCCCCCUCCGCCCACGACGCCCGCGAAGAAUGGUUCCUGAUAGCACAAGUCAAACAAAACAUGACCAUCACCAAGCCCACGCUCGUGGUCGUCGAUCGUCAGCAGACGGAGUUCGCCGUCACCUUUGAGGACCGCGGGAUCGAUUUGCGGCCUGUCAAGGGCGGGUGGACGAUUGUUGUGCCGCGCGGGGUGAGGACUGCGCCCAAGGGCGGGAAGAGGGGGUUUGUGAGGGUGCCGGAGGGGAAGGGGACGGGGGUGAAGUAUAUCCCUGGCGGGCUGGAGCAGAUUGGGGAGCUGGGGGCAAGGGUGAGGGAGGAUGGGGGACGGUGGUUGAGGAGUUGUGCUGGGUGUGGGAAGGGGGUUGGGGAGGUUGAUGGUGGGGAGGGGGGGACGUUGAAGAGUUGUACCGCUUGUGUUGUUGCGAGGUAUUGUGGCAAGGACUGCCAGAAGGAGGACUGGAAGAAGCACAAGGGGGAUUGCAAGAUUCUCAAGGCCAUGGCGAACGCGUGGGGGAUAUGAUGUCGUCAGACGAAAGGAGUACUAGGUAUGAGUAAGGGGGCCAGAGACUAUGACCCUAGUCUGGACAUGUAGAUCUGGGACUUCAUGCACGGUAAUGGAAAAGUUCGAGUACGCUGCAUUGUGCGUGGGAUUCAUCGCGAAUGGCUCCGAGUAGAUGUUGGGGCUGAGAAACACGGUUGAGGAACUGCAGGAAAAGCAUCGUGUUAACCAAAUAAAGGGUUUGAGCGAAAUUUCAGCGGUGAAUAAUAUGAUAUGCCAUAAGGAGUGUAAU